AUGUUGGCCAAGGUUCUGAGUGCCGUUUUCUUCUUGACCGCUGUCACGGCAAGACUCCAUGACAACUGUGCCUGUCACAACGGUGAUAGCUACAAUUCGCGUAUUACUAUAGAUGCAUGCACCGAGUACAACGACGCAGGCUACGAGUGGGGAGGCGCAACUUACGACACUCCGUCUGGCCGUUGUGUUCAGGAAACUCCCGAAGACAAACUCGCUGGAGAUGAGUGGGAGGAUGCGUGCAGGAAAAUUGCCCAGAAAGGCUUUGCUUGUGCUGAUGGAAAGGGUACUUGCUACGCCAACCCCGAUGAUGUUCGUGGCAGCUGCUAA